CCCCCCCGCCCUCCGCCCUGCUCUGCCCCUCCAAGGGCCGUGUCUCUGAGCCCCGAACCCAUGGCGCUUCAGGCGCUGCAGAGCUCGGGGGUGGCCUUCCGCAAGAUCCUGUCUCACUUCCCCGAGGAGCUGAGCCUGGCUUUCGCCUACGGCUCCGGGGUGUACCGCCAGGUGGGGCCCAGUUCAGACCAGAAGGUGAGCCUGGCCCCGGGGCAGGCCCCAUGUCGGGAAUCGGCCUCCUCUCACGAGAAUGCCAUGCUGGACUUUGUUUUCACAGUAGAUGACCCUGUUGCAUGGCAUUCAAAGAACCUGAAAAAAAAUUGGAAUCAUUACUCUUUCCUAAAAGUUUUGGGGCCCAAGAUUAUCACCAUUGUACAGAAUAACUAUGGCGCUGGAGUCUACUAUAAUCCAUUGAUCAUGUGUGAUGGUAGGCUUAUCAAAUAUGGGGUCAUUAGCACUAGUAUUUUGAUUGAAGAUCUCCUCAACUGGAAUAAUUUAUACAUUGCUGGACGACUCCAGAAACCGGUGAAAAUCAUAGCAAUGAAUGAGAAUGUUGCUCUUAGGUCAGCCCUUGAUAAAAAUCUGAAGAGUGCUGUGACCACGGCUUUCCUCAUGCUACCCGAAAGCUUUUCUGAAGAGGACCUCUUUAUAGAGAUUGCUGGACUGUCUUAUUCAGGCGACUUUCGGAUGGUGGUUGGAGAGGAUAAGACAAAAGUGUUGAAUAUUGUGAAGCCCAACAUAGCCCACUUUCGUGAGCUCUAUGGCAGCAUACUGCAGGAGAAUCCCCAAGUGGUGUAUAAAAUCCAGCAAGGCAGACUGGAGAUAGAUAAAAGCCCAGAAGGACAAUUCACUCAGCUAAUGACAUUGCCCAAAACCUUACAGCAACAAAUAAAUCAUGUUAUGGACCCUCCUGGAAAAAACAGAGAUGUGGAAGAAACUUUAUUACAAGUUGCUCAUGAUCCAGACUGUGGAGAGGUGGUGCGACGAGGGCUUUCAGCAAUUGUGAGACCUUCUAGUAUGAAACAGAGCACCAAAGGCAUUUUCACUGCCGGCAUGAAGAAAACAGUGGUUUAUAGUUCACUAAAACUACACAAAAUGUGGAAAGGAUGGCUGAGGAAAACAUCCUGAUUUUGCUUGCUUUUAUAUAUGUUAUGUGUAGUUGAAUAAAGUGAUCCUUUUUGACAGAACAGCGUUUGUCACUUUGACGCACUGCUUGAAUUUGAAGAUACCUUGGUUUGUAUAAUAUUUGAUUUUGAAACGUAUGUGUUAGACAUUUAUCCAGGGGAGACCCAAAUGCCUUUGAGGACUUACCAUGAGAAGAGAAGAAUCCUCUUUACAUACAAAACCAUCUGUGUCCUGCUCACAUAGGAGCUUUAGCUGUGGUCUGCGUUUUGGUACGUGAGAGUCAGUGAACGGAGAAAUUAUGUGUACAGUUGUGGACAUGCAGCCCACGGGUGACAAGCAGGGAAGUGUGGCUACCUCUGUCUCUGAAGUCUCCUCUUCACCUGGCUUUUUCCAUUGAGAGCUCACAAGUGUCAUGUCAACAUUUUCCUAGACCUAGGCUUUUUACAUUUCUCUUUGUUCUCCUAGAAGGUGUAUGACAGUGACUUGUGGGUGAGGAGCCUGUGACCAUCACUUGCAGAGCCUUCCCUAUUGUAACAGGAAUGUUUGAGUAAUAGGCAACCCACCGCAGAGGGCUUUGAACAACAAACAAUACAUUAGCUCAAAGAACUGAAAAGCUAACAGUGUGGUGGGCUUCAGGGUUGGUUUGAUCAGCAGGUUGACAGGAUCGCUCAGGACUGUUUCUCUCCAACUCUUCUCUCUGCCUUUUGUGGUGUUGGCCUUAUGCUGAGGCUGGCUCCCCCUCAUAGUUCUGAGACUGCUGGCAACAACUUCAAGGGCUAUAUGCUUCCCCAUUUGCAUUUGGGGAGACAGACCGGGUUUCCUUCAAACUUCCUCUUAGAAAAGCAAGAAAACUUUCCAGCAGCUCCCAGCAGGCCUCCGUCUGGUUUCAUGGGCCCUAAGUGGGUCACUUGCCCAUCCCUGAGCCAGUAAGUACAGAAGCAUGGCUGAUAAGCUUAGGCCUGAACCACUUGCUCCAACCCAAGAGCCAGCUGUCCCUCAAGCUCAUGGGAUGUGGGGAAGGUGU